CUGGAACACCUCUCCAUUUCUCCACACGGAUUUGUUCCUAGUAUGGAAUGACAAUGAAGGUUUUUCAGAUACUCGCAUUGUUGGUCGUGUUGGCUGCCAAGUAUGGCCAAGCCAAGGUGGAACCUCUGGAAUGCCUACCACCGGAUCUCCAGCACAAUCUAGACAUCUGCCAUUCUGCCGGGGAUCUCAGAAACCAAUCAGGUCAGAUAGUCUUUUGGACAUCCAUAAAUCUGUAUGUAUCGAAGUUUGCUGACUGUGUUUCAAAUAUGACCAUGUCGGAAAAGAAACUGUUUGAGUCAACGUUGUACGAAAUUAUGCGUCCUGUAUUAGAACCCUCGUCAAGACGUAAACGACAGGCAUCGGAUUAUAGAAUUAGAAAAGAAGUUCGUGCCAUGACAGAUACUGAAAGAAAUAGAUACUUCGCUGCCGUAAAUGCCAUGAAGAAUGAUCGGAGAUUAAGACCGAAUGUAUAUGACUUCCUGGCGGGGCUACAUCGGGGUCAGAAUAUUGGCCGUGCUCAUGGUGGUCCAGCGUUUCCAUCUUGGCAUCGACUGUACCUCUACAUAUAUGAAUCCAUUUUGCGGCUAUGGUAUGAUUCUGAUGUCACAAUUCCUGUGUGGGCUUCAGUCUUAGACAAUGCAAUGCCUGAUCCCACUCAGUCUGUUAUUUUUAGUCCUGAAUUCUACGGCAACGGGGUUGGUGUUGUGCAAACAGGGCCUUUUAUGUAUUGGAGAUUUCUUCCCGGUCAACCAAUCAGAAGAAAUAUUGGAGGCAGUACUCGACGGCUUAUGUCAUAUACUGCAGUGGAGAGAAUAUUAACUCGUAGAAGAAAUAGCGAAAUAUUAACACCACUUGCUCGUCCUGAAUUCAACUUAGAAAACGAGCAUGGUUACCCCCAUGAAUUCGUUGGGGGAACAAUGAAUGUUCUCAAUACGGCUGCAUUCGAUCCGCUGUUCUUCAGCCAUCAUGCAUACAUAGACUACUUAUGGGAACGGUUUAGAUGGCAACAAGUUGAACAGACUCCACAAAUAAACCCAGAAACUGAUUAUCCUUUCGAUGUAAAUGAUUCCCGUUUCCGUCCAUCUCACCAUCCAAAUGCUUAUGCAGGAUUUGCAUCUGUCGACAGCGUCACAGUUCUAAACAUACAGUUAGGUGACCUCAUACAUAGAGUAGGGUAUAGCAACGUGUUUUUCAACCUGGUACAGUAUAGAGCCACUCCUGAAUGUCCAAACUGUGACAAUUCUCCUUUUCUGUACUGUGAGCCUAACAUAGGUCGAUGUGUUUCGAGAUCUUCCGGCGUAAGAUUACUUGGCGAUAACACCACUCAAAUGGCCUCGCAAGCUCUUUCCGAAACCCCUGAAGCAAUUGCAUUUUCCGCUCAGGCGGCACAACAGACGGCCGCAGAUAGUGAAGUGAUUACUAAUUCUAGAGUCACAUCAAACCCGUACCACCUAACUAACAACGGGGAUAGUUGCGAGAGAAAGCCAUUCAUACAUGACGUUGAUACUAAACAGAUGGGACGUUCGGAUGACUGGGCCUAUAUUCCGGUGAAUGUUGUCUCAAAGAGACCACCUUCUUUCACAGGCUAUAGGGAGUAUUCGCUGUACAAGACACAAACCAGAUGGACACACCAAGCCACAGAGUAUAAAUAUGAAUUUAUGCAAGCAGGCUGGCAGUACGAGUACGAAGGAUGUAGCAAGAGGCAAGAUGUUGUGGGAAAAAUAAGUGUCGUUUCCUGGGGUCUCAAUUAUGACGGAUAUGCCGAAGAAUAUGUAAUUGUCGACAACAGAUAUGGUUUGUCGCAGGCUAAUGGGUAUUUACCCGUUAAAAAGCCAUCUGCUUACAAUCCCUCAGAGUUUAUAACCGUUGCGUACGAUUCUUGUGGAAGGGUAUGCAAACCCUAUUGUAACAAUCAGAAUCACGGUCAUAUCAAUGAGCAUUUUGGCGGCGGUUUCAGAGUAUCUAUUGACAGUCCUAAGCAGUACUCAAAUUCCUAUGAAGAGGCGAUGCUAGGGAUGUGGGAUUCUAACUCACCCUCUUUCAGUCCAGUUAUAGAUUACGGUGAUAUACCCAUAACAUUCUACUGCGAGUACACUAAUAAAUGGAUAUGGGACAAACCGCCGCCGCAGACACCACCACCAGCUUUCCACUACCAGACACCUACGAAUGAUGGACCCGGGGUUGAAGUUCCGAAACCACUAGCGCCUUAUGGAGGCUCUGCGGAGCAAUGCUGUGUUGUGGCAUCGGACUGCACUCUAGAUGGACCAUGUAAGGAGUGUGCAGACUUCGACUAUGAGUACUGCAGAGGAAGGCAGAAAAUAGCAGUAUGCAUCGAUGGAAAGUUUUCCGUUACGGCUACAACUGCGGCGCAUUUAAAACACUUCUAUGGUAAAAAUUGAAGCAUGAAGAAAUAGUUACAACUACUUGUAACACGAAUAAAUUUCAAGAAAAUGUUAAAAAGUUGUUUAAUAAUUUAGACAUUUGAUAGAUAUAUAUCCGUUUCAAAAUUUAAGUACAUGUGUAAAUUCCUUAUAAUUUGUCUCUUUGACACCCCUAUGUAAACUUGUGACCACACUGAAAGACAUUAACUCUUUGCAAAAUAAACACGUUUUGACACACGGGUUCCUUAAGUUUAAUUAAAAGUGGUAUAUCAUUUUAAAAUGAUCAAUAUUUGACACGAUCAAAAUCCAAAAUCCAACUAUAUUUAAUAAAUAAGAAAGAAGAAGAAAACCAGAUUUAUGCUACUAUUUGAAGGUAUCACCAUUCUAAAUUGAACAUAGUCAAACACAUGCACUUCUUUACAUUUCCUCAAUCAUUCCCACU